AGGAUCGGCUUUGCUUUAGCAAGACGUUUGGCACAAGAUGGGGCUCACGUGCUUUUAUGUAGUCGUAAAACAGAAAAUGUGGAUAAAGCUGUCAAACAGCUGAAAGAAGAAGGACUCAGCAUUUCUGGAAUUCAAUGUCAUGUGGGCAAUGAAAAACAUUGUGAGAAACUAGUGGCAACGGCACUUGAGAUUUAUGGGAAAAUUGACAUCCUUGUCUGUAAUGCUGCUGUGAAUCCUUUCAUUGGUCCACUUUUUGAAACUACAGAGGAAUUGUGGAAUAAGGUUUUCCAUGUCAAUGUAAUAUCAACUUCCCUUUUGAUAAAACUUGUUGUACCUCACAUCCAGAAACAAGGGAGUGGAUCAAUAAUAAUCUGUUCUUCAUUCGCUGGAUACCUACCGCAAUCAUAUAUAGGUCCAUAUUCAAUAACUAAGACAUCGUUGCAUGGAUUAACCAAUAUGUUGGCACAAGCUUUGCGUUCGAUGAACAUCAGAGUAAAUGGCCUGGCUCUGGGUUUAAUCAAUACCAGUUUCAGCAAAGUGAUCUCUAUCAGCGUUUGA